AUGCCGCCCGGGUCCUAUCGCCCGCCUGCUCCUCCCCUGACCGCGGCGUCCCCACAGCCCCAUCAUCCGCAGCCGCCACCCCCCCUGGUUUACCCCAAGCUGUUCAGCCGCUGCAGCGAGCAGGACAUGUGGCACUUCCUCGGGGACCCCAGGACCCGCUGCCUGCUCAACGUCCCCAGGGCUGAUGAGCUCUAUGGGGGUCCUGUAUGUGGGAACCAGUUUGUGGAGCGGGGAGAGCAGUGCGACUGCGGCGUGCCGGAGGAGUGCUCCGACACCUGCUGCAAUGCCACCACCUGCCAGCUGAGAGAGGGAGCCGAGUGUGCCCGGGGGGAAUGCUGCCAGGACUGCAAGGUGAAGGCUGCAGGUGUGCUCUGCCGGGGCAGCAAGAACGACUGUGACCUGCCCGAGCACUGCACGGGGCUCAGCGCCGAGUGCCCAGAGGAUGUGUUCCAGGAGAACGGCAUCCCCUGCCACAACGGCAAUGGUUACUGCUACAACGGGGCCUGUCCCUCGCACGGCGAGCAGUGCCGUGCGCUCUGGGGCGCAGAGGCUCAGGUGGCUCCCGAUGUCUGCUUCAAGCACAACAGCGAGCAGCACCUUCACCUCCACUGCCUCACCGAGUACGGGAAGCGGCCCUGCAGCCCCAAGGAUGUGAAGUGUGGCACACUGCUGUGCCUGAGCGACAACACCAGCCCCGUCCUCGGCGCCGGCUCCUACUCCCUCUUCUUCGGCCGCUUCAAGUGCAAGGCAGUCAUCGCCAGCAGCGAUGCCAACGAGGUGGUGGCCAAGCUGCGGCUGGUGCCCACCGGUGCCAAGUGUGGAGAGGAGAUGGUGUGCUAUGGUGGGCGCUGCCAGAACCUCCUGGUCUACGGCAACAAGAACUGCUCGGCCAAGUGCAACAACCAUGGGGUGUGCAACCACAAACGGGAAUGUCACUGUGAGCCGGGCUGGGCAGCGCCUUACUGCGAGCAUCAGCUGUCGGGGAUGGAGACAGGGAACAGCAGUGUGGUGGUGGUGAUGGCCGUGCUGGCAGUGCUGGCUCUCGGUGGCAUCCUGCUGUGCGGGGGCCUCCUGCUGCUGAGGGGCAGGGGGGCAAAGCGCUUCCACAGCGGGUACCUCCCGUCCGAGCGCAGCGCCCGUCGGAAGCGGCCCCACAGCGGCCCCGUGCCCCACAGCGGCCCCCCCGCAGGCCUGGCCAACCCGCUCUUCCAGGAGGGCGGCCACACGCGGCCCCCCCGACGGCCGCUGUCCCACCGCGACAUCGGCCCCCCCAGACUGCUCAGCAGCACCGCGGCCCCACGGGGGGACCCGAGGCCGGACCCCGAGGUGAAGCCGAAGCCCCCCCGCAAGCCUCUCCCAGCGCUGAAGCCCAAGGCCCCCCUGGAGCCGUCAGGAGCAGCCCUUGCCCCAGCCCCGUCCGCGCUCUCCCAUCGGGGCCCCCCCCCGAAGGUGGCCCUGCAGCCCCCGGUGGGCAGGAGGUGACCGAGGCUGCCCCAUGCACCCCCCACGGAGCGGCCUCGCUCCCACCGUACUUGAACCCCUCUGCAAUGCCCCCGGAGGGCUGCAGUGUUUACACACCCUCGAGCUGUGCCUUAGACCCCACCGCGGUGUGGGCUCCCCGACGACACCGGAGCAGGGACAGCACCAGCGCUGGUUCCGAGGCUCUGCUGUGCCCGGGGAGCUGCUGCCUUCUCUGCCGACGGCCUGAAUGUGUCCUGCUCCUCCUGCCCCUUCCGAACGGGGCUUUUAUCUCUGCACUCAGCCCUUGGGUCACUGUUCCGAAAGGGAAUUCCCUGGGAGCCUUUUUACUGCAGCCGUUAACUUAUGACCCCGACGUGACCAUGUGAACCUCCCUCUUUUUUACAUGAUUUUGGGUUGAAGGCUUUUAUACCAAUAAAGACUGAAGGUAC